AUGACAUCAUCAAGUUAUAUGCUUGAACGCGAACUGCUUGGCUCGGCAAGAGCGAUUAUCGAUGCGAGUUCCAAUGCUCCUCUUACACAACAAUCUCAAUAUAGUACUUUUCGAGGACCAUAUACAACUACAUCUACGAGUUUCAGUCCUCUUGGAUACGGAACAACUCCGUGUGAUAAUUCGGAAUCGAGAAAAGCUCUAGCAGAUUUACAAGACCAAUUACGCAUUUUGAAAAAAGAUCUGGAGAAUAAAGAUGCUCUUGUUCAAGAAUUAACUUCAAUGAAGGAUGCAAAUAAACAUGUUCAUUUCGAACCGUCUCGAUACGACGUUUUAUCUGGUGUUGAUCGAACAUCUCUUGCAGCAGCUCAGCGCGACCUAGACCAAUGUCGAAUGAAAAUCGACGCUCUAACACACGAUUUACGUGAAACAUCGAUCAAAUGCUCGGCGAAAGAUGAACGAAUCAAUGAGUUAAGACAUGAAAAUGAUUCGCUCAAACGCGAGCAGGAGCUUCUUCUUCAAACCAAUAAUCAAUUUCGUUUACGAAUUCGCGAGCUCGAGACGAACAUGAGUUCGUUUGAUUCAGUUGCAAAUAAAUCAUCAUUAACAAUCUCAUCAUUACAAAAAGAUGCUCGAGAAAAACAAGAUCAAUUAUUAGAAUUACAAACACGAAUCAGAGCACACAUGGAAGAACGAGAAGUAAAUGAACGAAAAAUGGAUGCGCUGCACAAAAAAUUACAAGAAUUAUUCGCACAAUUAAGUGUCACUCUUGGACAUGAUUAUGGACAACCGAGUACAUUAGCAUUCGAAACAGUUAUAAACAGAAUUGCUGAUAUAAAUGCUGAGAAUAUCUUACUAAAAGGAAAAAUGGUCAAAUUAGAAGAAACGAAUAAGUUGUUAGAACAAGAUUCGCAAACAAAUCGUGCAACCAUUCAACAAAUGACCAAUCAAUUACAAUCCUAUGAUCAUAAUACCAUCGGCCAUCGCUUGCAAAUCGAUGCGAUCAAAGCCGAGCGAGAUGCGGCACUUCAUGAUAAAGAAAUGGUCAAAAGUGAACUUGAAACAGUGAAAUCUCGUCUUGAUUCCAUUCAGAAAGCCUGGCAGAACACACGUGGAGAAUUAGACGAACGACAAAAUCGAUUUUCCACCAAUGAACUACAUGUUAAACAAUUAGAAAACGAUUUAGCUUAUAGCAAAUCAUGCUUCGAAGCAUUCAAACAACAAGUCGGACAACUGCUUUCUGAUGGAUAUAUCAAAGUUGAACCAAAAGAAGAUGAAAUUAAAGAAAAGAUUCAUUUAUUAAUGCAAUCAAGCAAAGACCGAGGCCUUAUCAUAACAAACCUUCAAAAUCAAAAAGAACAAUUAGCCAAGCAAUUACAAGAACAACUCGAAAUGAACAAAGAAUCGGAGAAGAAACGAACUCAUACCGAGUCGCAUUUGUAUGAAUUAGAAAAUCGUCUGAAAACAUUGAACAUGACCUGCACUUCGGCAGAUGUCUAUCGAGAAAAUCAUAAACAAGACAAAGCGAAGUUCGUUCAUUUUCUCGAGCGACUUGGUGCAAUAAUGCAAAUUGAAAGUUAUUCAACGGAAUUAAAUCCAGAAGUGAUUUUACAACGAGCGGAACAACUGAUGAAAACUGAAAAUGAUUCGCUCAAUGAUCAACGAACAUCGGUUUAUAAUUUACAGCGAAAAAUCAAACAAAUGAAAGAAUUGAUGGAAAACAAGGAUUUACAUUUAGAUCUAUUGAAGAAAAAAGUAUCAGCUUUAGAAGAAGGUCGAACAGCGAAAACAGAUUUAGAAAAAGAAAUUGAUGAUCACGUGAUUUUAUCACGAAAAAUGAAAUUAAAAGUGGAAAGUUUAACUCAACAAGUCAAUGAAUUACGAAAUGAAAACACUUUACUCAAAACACAAAGUGCCGAUGUUCAUACUCUCAAAAAUCGCUUGAUCGAACGAGAAAAGGAAGUUCGUCGUCUUCUAGAAGAUAUUAGUCGAUUAGAAAAUGCCCGAGAUAAACAAGCAUUUAAAAUCUCUUCUUUACAAGAUAAAAUGCAUUCUGUCGAUGAUGAAACUAAUCGAACGUUGAUUUCGUCGGAUAAUGCUGUACGAACUUUGUCGAAUGAAUUACGAUUCUUAAAAGGCACUUUACAACAAAUUAGUGAACGAGAACAACAAUUAUUAGAUUUUCGUGCAUUGAUCGCUCGUAUGCUUGGGUUAGAUGCCAAGACAUUAUCUGUUCCUGACUAUGAAAUCACAGCUCGAUUAGAACGUCUUCUCAGCGUUGUUCAAUCAUCAAUGCCUGUUCCUCUUCUUCAAAUUCCACCUUCAACAAAUGCACCUCAGCAACAACAACAGCAACAGUUACCGCCUUAUCAAAGACGUCAACCUCCUCCUCCUCAUCAUCAUCACCCUGUCACUCACUCCGCUCAUGGUCGUCGUCGUACUCCAAGUCCUGUUUCUCGUCGAAAUCAAGCCAAUCAUCGUGCACGGUCACUUUCGCCGUUACAUGCGGGACUCGACCCACGAACAUACUAA